CCUCCGUCACGGGGACGCGCGCGCGUUCACAUUUCACACGCGCACACCCGCCGCGCGGCCAGGCCACCGGCCAGCCUCUCUCCCCUCUCCUUCCUUUUUCUCGCUUAAAAAAAACUACAUUUUCCGUUAAAACUUCGCGGUUACAGCCGGCUAACCGUUGAACUCCCCCUAACCCUCGAACAGCCGCAGAAGAACCGGCCACCGGGGCCCGACAAACUAGCUUAAACCGAGUUUUAAGCGACGGACCCGGCCGUGAUUCGCCGCCCCAGCAAGCGGGCCUCAAACUUUCCUUGACUUCGAGUGGGUCAUCUUUCCAACGGCUACAAACGGCCGAGUCCGCCGGACGGUGACGUCAGCCCCGAAAAACGUUGAGAAUCUACCGGAGUAAUCACCGUUAAGCCCAGAAAGUACCCGGACCAACGGCUGUUGUCCCCCAUCUCUUCUGCUGCCCCGCUGUCUUGUCUGUUUCUGACCGGAGAUGAGGGUUUUGUAAACGGAUAUCAGCGCGUGGCUUCCACGAGCCUUGCCCCGUUUCCUCCGGUCCGGUAGAGGUGGAGUGGGCAGAGCCGAGCGAUGGCGGGCGCGUCGGUGAAGGUGGCGGUGCGAGUGCGCCCGUUCAACUCCAGAGAGACGGGACGCAACGCCAAGUGUGUGAUCCAGAUGCAGGGGAACACCACCUGUAUCACAAACCCCAAACAGCUCAAAGAUGGAGCCAAGAACUUCUCAUUCGACUAUUCCUACUGGUCACACACAACGGCCGAUGACCCCAGCUUUGCGUGUCAGCGCCAGGUGUAUAAGGACAUCGGAGAGGAGAUGCUGCUGCACGCCUUCGAAGGAUACAAUGUGUGUAUUUUUGCGUACGGUCAGACGGGGGCGGGAAAGAGCUACACCAUGAUGGGCAAACAGGAGCCGGGACAGGAAGGGAUCAUACCACAGCUGUGCGAGGACUUGUUCCAGAGAACCGGAGGAAACAAAGACCCUGAUCUGACCUACUCUGUGGAGGUGUCCUACAUGGAGAUCUACUGCGAGCGUGUGCGUGACCUGCUGAACCCCAAGUCCCAGGGCACCCUGCGGGUCCGGGAGCACCCCAUCCUGGGCCCCUACGUGGAGGACCUGUCCAAACUGGCCGUGACCGGAUUCACCGACAUCCGGGACCUGAUGGACGCCGGCAACAAAGCUCGGACGGUCGCGGCCACAAACAUGAACGAGACGUCGUCCCGGUCGCACGCCGUCUUCACCAUUGUCUUCACCCAGAAACGCCGAGACCAGAUGACCAGCCUGGACACAGAGAAGGUGAGCAAGAUCAGUCUGGUGGACCUGGCUGGAAGCGAGCGAGCCGACUCCUCCGGGGCCAAGGGGACCCGGCUAAAGGAAGGAGCGAACAUCAAUAAAUCUCUGACCACGCUGGGGAAAGUGAUCUCAGCGUUAGCUGAAAUGCAGAGCAACAAGAAGAGGAAGAGUGAUUUUAUUCCCUACAGAGACUCUGUUCUCACCUGGCUGCUGAAGGAAAACCUGGGAGGAAACUCUCGGACGGCGAUGAUCGCCGCGCUGAGCCCCGCUGACAUCAACUAUGAAGAAACCCUGAGCACUCUGAGGUACGCCGACCGCGCCAAACAGAUCCGCUGCAACGCCGUGAUCAACGAGGAUCCGAACGCCCGGCUGAUCCGAGAGCUGAAGGACGAAGUGGAGCGCCUCAGGAACCUGCUGUUCUCCCAGGGCCUGCAGGAGCUGCUGGACAACGCUGUCAACAACAACAACAACAACAUCAGUCUCCCCGGUGUUGCAGGAAUGUCCUCUCCGCUGCAGAUGGCUCUCACAGCCAAUGGGGUUCCACAAAAAAAUGGCCCCGCCCCUCCAGGCGGCGAGCCGGCGUCUUCGGGCGACGUUCCCGUCGCCGACGGCGACCACGUGAUGGAGGAGGGCGAGGACGGAGAAAAUGCCGAGCCAAUCAGUAAAGAGGAAGCAGCUGAGAGACUGCUGGAGACGGAGAAGAUAAUCGCCGAGCUGAACGAGACGUGGGAGGAGAAGCUGAGGAAGACAGAGUCUAUUCGCCUAGAGAGAGAGUCCCUGCUGGCGGAGAUGGGCGUGUCCAUUAAAGAAGACGGAGGAACGCUGGGGGUCUUCUCUCCUAAAGGAACGCCUCACCUGGUCAACCUGAACGAGGACCCUCUGAUGUCUGAGUGUCUGCUCUACUACAUCAAGGAGGGAUUCACCAGGGUGGGCCAGCAGGACGUGGACAUCAAGCUGUCGGGUCACUUCAUCAAAGAGAUCCACUGCGUGUUCGUCAGCGAGACCAACGAGCACGGGGAAGUGGUGGUGACUCUGGAGCCGCUGGUGGGAGCCGAGACGUACGUCAACGGGAAGCAGAUCGCCGACGCCGUCGUCCUAAAACAAGGCAACCGCAUCGUGAUGGGGAAGAACCACGUGUUCCGGUUCAACCACCCGGAGCAGGCGCGGCUGGAGAGGGAGCGCAGCGUGACGGCCGAGCAGCAGCAGGAGCCCGAGGACUGGAACUACGCCCAGAGGGAGCUGCUGGAGAAGCAGGGCAUCGACAUCAAACUGGAGAUGGAGAAGAGACUGCAGGACAUGGAGAUCCAGUACCGGAGAGAGAAGGAGGAGGCCGACCUGCUGCUGGAGCAACACCGACUGUGUGACAGCGACAGCGAAACGCUCCGCCCCUGUGAGGAGAGCUGGAGGCUGAUUUCAUCUCUGAGAGAGAAACUUCCUGCUAAUAAGGUCCAGUCCAUAGUGAAGCGCUGUGGUCUCCCCAGCAGUGGGAAGAGGAGGGAGCCUCUGCGAGUCUAUCAGAUCCCUCAGAGACGGAGGAUCAGCAAGGACCCCAAACGGGUCACCAUGGAGGACCUGCGCAUGCAGGCAGUCAAAGAGAUCUGCUACGAGGUGGCUCUGGGAGACUUCCGUCACUCCCGCCAGGAGAUCGAAGCGCUGUCCAUCGUCAAGAUGAAGGAACUCUGCCGCAUGUACGCCAAGAAGGACGCCAGCGAGCGCGAGAGCUGGAAGGCCGUGGCCCAGGACGUCUGCGACACCGUGGGCAUCGGCGAGGAGAGGAGCCCCCCCACGGAGGAGGGAGGGGGGGGGGGGGGAGAGACGGGGGAGGGAGGGGAGAAAAAAAACGCCUACGACCUCAAAGCCCACAUUGAUAAACUGACUGAUAUUUUAGAGGAAGUGAAGUUGCAGAACAACAUGAAGGACGAAGAGAUCAAAGCUCUGAGAGACCGGAUGAUCAAGAUGGAGAGCAUCAUCCCCGUUCAGGACGAGGACGUUAACGGCGAAGAUGAAGAAGAAGAAGACGGCGCCGAGUCGCCCCCGAGAGACGGCGCGGCCACGCGGCCGCCGGAGGUCCGAGUGAAGCGCCUGAUGGACGAGGACCCGGCCUUCAGGAGGGGACGACUCCGCUGGCUCAAACAGGAACAGCAGAGAAUCCUGAACCUGCAGCAGCAGAACAUCACCAAGAAGCUCCGCCAGAACCAGAACCAGAACCAGAACCAGGGUCAGACGCCCCCCGUUGUCCCCAUCCACCUGCCCGGGACGGGCCGCUUCAUCCCCCCCCAGGAGUGCAAGCUCAAGUUCCCCUUCAAGAGUAACCCGGCCCACCGGUUGUCAUGGGGACCAGCCAGCGCGGCCCUGCAGGCUCUGGGUCUGGGAGAGGGAGACCUGAUUGGUGGAGAGGCUCCAGAGGAGGGAUGUGGUGGGAAAGCCUCUCCGUCGCCCCCUCCUGCGCCCGGUCUCCUGCCCCUCCCCUUCCAGGCUCCGCCCCCGCCGCCUCCUCGCAUGCGCACCCCUAGCCCCCACCGCGCCUGGCAACAGCGUAACCAGGGCAACCAGGGAGGCUUCUUCUACCACAACAACCACCCAAACCACCAGCAGCAGCAGCAUCAUCAUCAGCAGCAGCAGCGCCGGCACCGCCGUAACUCGCUGGACCUCUCGGACCGCGGUAACUAUGACAACGAGCAGCCGGGGCGACCGAGGCAGAGGAGGGGGGCCUCGCCCGGGCCGGGAGGGGGGAGGAGGGGGGGGGAGGAGGAGGAGGGAGGGACAGAGACAGAGACAGAGACGCAGGCUUCCACUACAACCCCCACCAGUACCACCAGUUCCACCACCAUCCCUACUACAACCCCCACAAUGCACCAUUCCAGCCAGGGCCACACCCCAACUACCACAGCCUGCCGCGCCCGGGGGCCCCCCUACCCCCCCCACCUCCCGCUGACAUGCUCCUGGGGCCGGGGGGGUGGGGCUUCAGCACACCGCCCAGGAUGAGGCGCCAGUUCAGCGCACCGGACCUCAAAAACAACAAGGACACGCCCAUCUGACCUCUGAUUGGCUGCUGGGAGGAGGAUACGCCCAUCUGACCUCUGAUUGGCUGCUGGGAGGAGGAGGACACGCCCAUCUGACCUCUGAUUGGCUGCAGGGGAGGACACACUGUGGGCAUGAUGCUGGAGACAGAGAGACUGUGUGUGUGUGUGUGUGUGUGUGUGUGUGUGUGUGUGUGUGUGUGUGUGUGUGUGUGUGUGUGUGUGUGUGUGUGUGUGUGUGUGUGUGUGUGGGGCUUCCUUCUAGCCUUUAGCACGCGUUAGCGUUCUGCCUUUGCCGUUCGUUGAACAGGAUGGAAGUUUAUUUUUUUGUGUUUUAUCGAUCGCCAGACUCAAACAGAAUCUGCAGAUUUUAGCGGGCUGUUAUCAGAGUUGUAUUUUAAUGAAAGACUGCCGGUGCCUCGAUCAGUCGUUUAUAAAAGAGGUUUUUAAAGUUUAUAAAGAUCGGUGCCUUAAAGCUAAAGUGUUAGCUCCCGCGGCUAGCUGCUGUUAGCAGAAGAAGUCUCGCAUUUUGAAGCUACUUAAAGAUGAAGUACGUUGGUUAGUUUGAGUGUUAGCUCCUCUCUUUUAGCCGCUGUUAGCCCAGGAGGCUAACUAGCCUGCUUCAGAGGCGUGUGUGUGUUAGCUCAGGCUAGUCUGUUAGCCUGAGCGGUGGAGCAAUGAGUGGCUAUUUAGCUGGCUAUUUUGAUGAAGUGCUGCACAAUGGGUGGGGGGAGUAUUAGCCUAGCUUAGCCUAGCUUAGCUUAGCUAAGGCUGCAUUUGGGUUGUAUGGGAGUUACAGAUCGUACGACUUCAGCAACGAGGAAGUGUUUGACACCGAUUAAGUUAACACUUUGUGUUAUGUUUUGCUUUUUUAAGAUGAAAUCAUGAGUUGUUCAAGAUUUUAAAGUGUAAAAAUAUGCGAAUAUAAACUCUAAAUGACUUCUAAAGUCUAGUUUCAGUUCUGAUAUUUCAACAUUAUAGAAACUUAACAUUGUCUAAAUGGAGAGAGAAUCAACAAUAUGAUUAAAUAUGUGUAAUUAAUUAAUUGUUUAAGGGCCAGAAACAGCCCUGAACUCACCAUCGCCAAACUCCACCAGACUCCAUGUAAAUAAUCAGUACUUUUAUCAUCGUAAAACACACUUCAUUCAAAGUGGACAGAA